AUGGCUGCCGCUGACCGCGUGAGUGCUUCUUUUCCAGAGAGUGACGAUGCCACCCUUCCAGGCGAUGACGAUGACAUGGUCGAGGUUCUCAUUGAACCUUUGCCGCCGACGCCGGAGCCUGCUGCAGUCGCCACUCUUCGCGACCUUCAGGACUUGCAGGUCCACGUGGGUGCCCAAGUGGCGCCAGUGGCCGAUGAUGUGGCUGGCCUCAUCUUCCAGGUCGGUGAGCUUCAAGCACAGGUGCGUACUUUGAAGACUGAUGUUCUGUCUCGCCUUGAUAGCCUGGCUGAGAGAAUGACUGAGCUCGAGGAGGCGAUGGCCGAGGUAGCCACUGCCAUUGCCCGUCUUGCUGUCACCAGUGUGCUGCCUGACAUGCAGACACAGCAGGAACCGCUGGCCGAGCAGUUGGCCAGACAAGCCUGGGCUCGCCAUGACAUCGACCACCCCGAUGCUGCUUCGUUGACGCCUUCGGAAUCUGGAGAUAUCGGUGAAGAACGAGACCCUCAUACCGUCUUCGCUGGUCUGUCCGAUGAACGCAAAGCAGCCUUGGCCGCCGGAUCCAGCUGGGAGGCACCGACCCGAAUCGUGCAUCGCGCUCCCUCUGAGCCGCCGGCUACAGAUUCUGAGGGCCAUGGCGAUUGGUUGCGCGGCCUCAGUGGCCGUCUUGAUGACGUUGAGAGUUUUUGCGGGUCAAUCAUCGACCCCCGGUUCUCUCGCAGUCUUCAUGCUCGCUUACUCCGAGUGGAGCGCCUGCUGAACGUUCCCGAGCAGCUUGAGAAAUCCGGCCGUGUGCCUCUGCCUUUCAGUUUCAUGCACGUUGCUGUCGACAUCGUGAGCUUCAGGCCGAUCUUUUUCUGGCAAGCCGGCUGCCUUUCGCCUGGCAAACUGGUGCUGGGAUGUGACGAGACCAGUCAAGAAGGAGACAUCCUCAGCAACCGGUCUGAGCGAGUCGCCCGGUUCGACGUUCCGAAUCUCGGCAAACAGGAGCUGGGUCUGGGGCUCUGGUUCUCUGGGCCGCUCGAUGGCUUUGACACCAACCAUGAUAUGCUUCGGGUCGCCGUGGCCGACUCAAGACCACCCGCUCUUGCGGAACAGGUGCGGCUCUUGCAGAGCAGCAUCGAGAUUAUUGAGCGCCGCCUGACAAACCUCAACAUUGGUCAAACGCAGCUGCUCAUGGUGCUUGGACACCACCCAGACUUUGGGGUUCCGUUCGGGGCCAUCGCUGAGUUUGUUGACACCAUGAAGGCCACCGUUCAGGACAUCAAGGCGUCGAUCGAGGAUCUUCGCGCUAAUUCUGCAGAGCAGUGCAUGCUUCUUAGCAGCCGCCUUGACCGCCUCGAGGAACUGGUUCAGGCUCGCACAUUGGGGCCAAUGGUGAACUUCCGCCGCCGAUGGAGUUUGCAGGCAUCUCGAGCCUCUGAAGAUGCUCGAUCCCGGAGUCCUUCCGUUCGCAUUGCUGAAGCAGCAGAGCGUGCUGAUUCUUUCUUCGAGGAGCAUUCACCUCUUCUUUCGGAAGAUGCUAGGUCCUGGAGUCCUUCCUUUUUCAAUGCUGCAUUGUGCGCCGGUUCUCCCCUUGGAGAUCUGGCUGACAGCAACCACGGCCUAGAUCCGGCCCCCGAACGCAGCUCGGGAUCCGAUGGAUGGGAACGUGUGGGCUCUGCACUGCCUCAGGACCCUGGCCCGGUCCUAAGUUCCGAAGUUCAGCGAGCCGUGGUGUAUCAACGUGAUGUGUCCCUGCCGAAGCUUCCCUACGAACAUGGCAUUUGGGGCCUCGUCUUUGGGUCUCCUGCAUCCCUGCCCACCGCCCGCUUCCCUGCACCAGUUGGUCCCCGGCCUCAACCGAUCCCCACCCCCCCUGACCCGUCCACGAAUUCCCUCGAGCUCUCUGCUGCAGCUCCCCCUGACGUCAGCCUGGCCCGGAUCAAAGCCGCCACUUUUCGUGUCACUGAUGCAGCCCUUCGUGACCGUUGCUUGGUGCAGCUUAAGACUUUGUUGCUUCUUGACCCGUCGGCCACCAAGACCGGCAUUCAGAUGACUACGUGCUUCGGCAAAAUUUUGGAGCCUGACCGAGCCCUCUUGGUUCUUCAGGACACGUUGCGGCCCAAGGCCACUGGCACCAUCAGCAAACGCACGGGCUCUCUCUGGCGCCUGGCUCACUACCUGGCCUCCGUGGACGGCCGCAGCCCCUUCAUGGUUUCGGAGCCCCUGCUCUAUGAGUAUCUCUGCUCACUUCGUGAAGCUGAAAGUGGUGCUACCUCCGGCGCCUCCGCUUUGGAGGCCUUACGCUUCGCUGAUGGUUUGUUUCGCUUCCAGCGGAUCUCUCUGCGUGAGGUGGACAGCGCCCGCAUUCGUGGUGUGGCGCAUGCCAUGUAUGUUCGCAAACAAAAGCGCCAGCAAGCCCCUGCCUUGACUGUUCGUGCCAUCCGCUUCCUGAUGGCAUGGUGCUGCGACCCGUCCCGGCCUCUGCAUACGCGCAUUAUCUCUGGCCACCUUCUUGCGUGCAUCUUUGCAGUCGCACGUUGGUCUGACUUGCGCUUCCUUGCCUUCUUCCGGGUGCUCUCUGACGACGAGUUCAGCAUCUUCGAGUCCGCGACUUCCCAGCACAAGACCGCACACUCCAAGGAGGCCCAGGCCUGCCAUCCUGGAACGAACGCGAGCGGCGAGCAGAAGUGGGCUCUCGGUGAUCCCAUGACUACUUCCGAGGCCACUGGAUGGUUGCGGGAGAUCCUCUCUCACGAGCUUGACCCCACCGAUGUGCGGGCACUUCGAGCCCACUCCUGCAAAACAACCUUGUUGGCCUGGGCUGGCAUGAGCCCUCUCUUCACUCGUGAAGAACGCACACUGCUUGGACAUCACAUUGAGGCUUCUACUCGGUCGGCAACUACAUACGACCGCCAGGCCAUCAUUCGUCUUCAGGCCAAGGUCUGGCACAUGCUGCUUUCCAUCGACUCCGGCGAGUUGAAUCCUGAUGCUGAUGCUCUUGGCCGAUUGCGUUCCAUGGUGCAGGUACAUGCACCCCGUCCAGCUUCUGCUCAGACCUCCGCGGAACCUGCAUCUAGCUCUUCUUCCGAUGAUGAACCUGCCGGCCUUCCUGCACCGCUACAUCGAGAUCGAGUUCCCCUGCCGGCCGCCGCCUACGAGUACGCCUGGCUUGUGCACUCUGUGAGCGGUAUUGUCCAUGUGCAGUCUCCCCAAUCACCUGAGCGUCUGAUGUGCGGUCGCUCCAUUUCUUGCAAUUUUGAGCAUGUUUCGCCAGCCGACCUUGAUGUUGAGCAGACUGCAUUUUGUGGCCAGUGCAUUACGGCUCACCACGGCAAUUCAGACUGCGCCAUGGCCUUGGAUUCUUCAGCUACUUUCGAGGCUCGCUGCCUGGAGCUCGGAUUGGCCGCGACCUUUGUGCAAGAGCUGCAUACCGGGGGCAUUGACACAUAUGCCUCUCUUGCCUUCUGUCAGCCACACCAGGCUAACAGUGGAAUCGACGAUGUUGCACUUGUGCGUCACGUGAGCUCGCUCGUCUCUUCAGCUCUCUCGGCUCACCAGACCACUGCAUUGCGACGCCUUGCGUUUGAGGCGCAGGCUCUGGCUCUUCAAGAUCUGCGCAGCAAGCUUGAACGUACCUCAGAUUCCGAGCCGAAGGUUCUUCCCUUACAGGAGAAACUCGAGCGCAGCUCUCGCCUACAGAAUCGGCUCGUCGGGGUCACCUUCACUGAUCACAAUCAGCCUGCGCAUGCCCUGGUGGACAAGGCAUCUCAGCAGUUCGAUGAGGGCGUCCUUCAAUACCUGCAGCUCAACAAAUGCAUAAGCCGUUACCAAGAGGCCCUCGCUGAACGCUCUUCCGCCUCUCUACGCUUCGGCUCGGAUGGUGCCAUCAAGGUGUCGCGGGAGUCCGCGGGUGGUGAAUGUGACAUCUCCACUGCCCACCUCCUUCGUGCCGCUUUUCAGCGGCGGGCCAUGGCUUACGAUAUUGCAGGUGUUGCCACCUACGAAGCUCUGGACGCCUGGGCCCAGAAUCUCUUUGAUCGUCUUGCGACUCCUGUGCCGUCCAGUCGUUACUCUCCUAUUGGCCUCGAGCAGAUUUUGGCUGCUGACAAAGCCCUUUGGGUUCGCCUGUCUCAGCUGAGCCGUGGGCUUCUGGGUCGCAGUGACGCCGCCACAGGUGCCUUGCUGGUUGACAAUUUGAUUCUGGAUUUGAGCAACCACCCCGAGGUCGUCUGGCAUUUCCUCCCGCUGGCAAAUGCUUCUCACACCCCACCUCCCAAGCCUCAUGCUGCUCAGCCUGCCCGCAAGCGCAAACGAAGCCAAAGGCGUGCCUCCUCUGCUCCACCUGCGCCUGCUGCGUCACUGGGUCGAACCCCUGCGAAGGGCCCAGGCAAAGGCUCCGGCGCCGGCUCUCGCAUUCAAGUGCCUGAUGGCUGCACCAUUCGCUUUUCCAAAGGCCCCAUUUGCAUGAAGUUCAACCUGGGGACCUGCCGCGCUUCUCAUGUGAAGCCUGGUGCUCGUUGCAGCAACGGCUACCACGUGUGCUGGAAAAUCGGAUGCCACCGCCAUAAGCCGGCUCCGGCUCGUGCUGCAUCUCUGCUGCCUCAGUCAAAGUCUUUUACCACUGGAGCCUUUGCAUACUCCAGCGGACCUGGCUUGCGUCGCCACACCCGUGUUUUCCCUUUGGCGACCAAGGCCCUUGCCGAUUUUGUGCGAGCUACUUGUGCCACGCACUCUUUCUCCAGCAUCGCUAUCUUCCGCGAUUUGACUGCUCCCCUGCAUUUGGACGCCCUUAACCAGCCGUCCCAACCCAAUCUGCUCAUCCCUCUCACGGCCUUUUCAGGUGGAGGCGUGUGGUAUGAGUCCCCCUCCGGCACUUCUCAUCGCCUCUUGGACGGUGUCGUGACGCCUGGUUGUGUGCUUGAUGUGGCCUCCGGGCCGGUCUUCCUUCCUGCUGCCGAGGCGCGUCACCAAACACUCCCUUGGGAGGGCACUCGCUGCGUUCUGGUUGCCUUCACUUCCCUUGACGCGCACACCCUGUGCCCCGCCGAUCUCGACACUCUGAGUCGCGCCGGCUUCUCUUGUGGCGCCCCUGGCACGCCACGCGCUCCGCCUCCUGUCCCGCACACUAGCCUGCGACCAAUGGCGGUCGAACUUUGCGCCGGCUCGGCCUCCCUGUCGGCCGCUCUUCGCGCUGCCGGCUUUGCCACUUUGGCGGUUGACCACCACUGGAAUACGCAUUCCCCGCAGCACUCCAUCUGCCAGCUGGAUCUCAGCUGCCCCCAGCAACAAGAGCUCUUGCUCCGAUGGAUGCGCGCACAGCCGCUAGCACAUGUGCACCUCGGCCUCCCCUGUGGCACCUGUUCGCGGGCCCGCGAACGUGCUCUGCCUCACGGUGUGCCUGGGCCCGCCCCGCGGCCUUUGCGUAAUCUGCUCCACCCCCUAGGCCUCCCUAACCUCACCCCUGCCGAACAGCGCCGCGUCUGCCAAGCCAAUGCCGUCUACUGGUUCGCUUUGGAUGUCCUGGAGCUCGCCGCCAGCAUGGGUGCCACCGUCAGCCUCGAGAACCCUUCUCGAUCCUGGCUUUGGUCAGCGCUACGUGCCAUGGCCGAGGAAUCCCAACGUGUGCAUCUCCUUGCCCAGCUCGAAGAAUGCAUCUUUGACUCUUGCAUGCACGGCGGCCGCCGCAAGAAGAGCACCAAGAUCUUAGGAUCCCCCGGCCUCUUCAGCAGCCUCCGGGCCUCUUGCGACUCCUCACACACCCAUGCGCCGUGGACCAUUGACCAGACAGGCCGCGGGCCGCGCUUCGCCACUGCCGAGGAAGCGCAGUACCCUCGCUUGCUUUGCUUGCGCAUGGCGCAGGCUCUGGCCACGCGUCACCAGCUCCCCGAGCCUGUGCCUACUGCUUCCGCCAGUCUAUCUCAAAGCGUCCGCCGCGGCCCUCGCCCGCUCAUCCCCGAGUUCUACGAGUGCGCCCGGGUGCCUGCAACCUCCACUCUGCAGCCCCACGAGCGCGUGCUGUCUUCUUUGCCAUCGGGGGUAUCAAUCUCCCAAGACAGCAUCCCUGAGUCUUCUUCCACUGCAUGCGUCAACAUCGGCCGACAGUGGAACCCUCAAGACUACUUGAAUUUAGCCAAGCAGACCGAACAUCCGAGGAAUCCUGGCCAAGUUCUCCCAACGGUGCUGAAAGAUGCCGUGGACACGGUGUUGACAACCGACCCGGUCGACACGGCAAAACGGCGUCUGCAGGCCGUGAUAACCAUCAAGCAGUUAGCCAAAGAGCUUGAAGGGAAAGAAGACGAGUUCAAAUCGUCUCUGGACCCGGACGUGGCAAGUAUCCUCAGUCCCAAGAAACUUUGCUUCUGGAAGGCCCUCCUCAAGGCUUCCGACUUCGAUGAUUGCGGGAUCGUCGACUUGAUGGCUAGAGGCAUUCCUCUUGUUGGGACGCAUGGGCCCGUCCCCAAUCUAGAACCUGGAGGAGAACCUUCCUCGGACUCACCGGACAACCUUCUUGCGUCGGCUCCUCUCAGGCGUGAAGCCAUGAUUCAGUCUCGCAAGAUCCCCAGUGACCAACAUCAGAACGACCUUGUCUCGGCUUCCAUGGAAGAGGUCAGCAGGGGCGAUCUGAAAGGCCCCCUCACGGAGAGCGAUGCCCACCAGCACUUCGGUUCCGAGCAUUGGUUGCUCAACCCCAGGUUCCCGAUUUACCAGGGAGUUAGUCUUAAGCUUAGGGUUAUAGACGACGCCAAGGCAUCGGGUUUAAACUCUGCCUUCUCCCCGUCGUACAAAGUCAAGCUGAUGGACAUUGACGUCUUGGCCUGCCUGGUAGCUCACGUGGCCUCGAGUCUGCACCUGGGGCACUGUGACGGAAACCCGGUACACCAUCUCGUAGCCUCAUCAGAGUGGGAAGGAGGCACGCUUGACUUGGCCCGAGCAUACAAGCAGGUACCGAUUGACCCAGCCUCGAGGCCCUUCUGUGUCGUGGGCUUCCCGACCUCAGAAGGGUGGCAGUACUACAGGUCGGACGUGCUUCCAUUCGGCUCCAACGCCUCGGUGUACGCAUUCCUGAGGAUCUCGCGUGCGUUGCACCAUGUGUUGGUCAAGUUCCUCGCUGCACUUACCACGGUGUUCUACGACGACUUCCCCAUCAUAGAACCGGCCAUGGGAGCUCCGGUCCUGAAAUCUGCGGUAUCGGCCGUCCUCGACUGCUUGGGAUGGGCCCAUUCCAAAGACGGCGACAAAGCCCUGCAAUUUGCCGGCUCGUUCGUCGCCCUCGGGGUCUUGGUAGAUCUGAGAGGAAUUCGGUCCGCCAAAUUCCGCCUGUCGAACAAGCCAGGCAGAAUCGACAAGCUAGUCGAGAUGAUCCAGCAGUUCAGCGACGAGGGGCGCGUCGACUCUGGGCGGCUUUCGAUUCUGCAAGGUCACUUGAACUUCGCCGCCGGGUUCUACAUGGCCAAGGGACUACGCUUCUUAUCCAAGGAAUUUGCCAAGUUGCUGGAUGGGCGUCGUUCCACAUCCGAGAUCAGAGCUUUGUGCAGGCUUGCCAUAGCUCUUCUUCGGGGGACUCCCGAGCGCGAGUUUGACUUGGCCGUCACUGGGCAGCCUGUCAUCAUUUUCACUGACGGGUCCUGGGAAGGGGGCAGGGCAGGCGCCGGCGGAGUCGUUUUCGACCCAGCCACAGAAGCCACCCAAGUCUUCGAACUGGAAGUUCCGGGUGAGCUCCUUGCGGCAUGGCAACAGCAGGUGGGCACUCAGCUCAUCUGCCAGAUCGAAGCUUAUGCUGCAAUAUCUGCCAGAUACCUCCUCCGACACGUCAUCCGAGAUCGCCUCGCGGUCAUGUGGAUCGACAACGAACCAGCGAGGGUGGCUCUCUCCAAGGGGACCGCGGACUCCGAGUCUCUGAGAGCCAUGGCCAGGGUCAUGCAGUCCAUCGAGAUCUCUCAUCCUUCGGUGCUGUGGUACGAGAGAGUCUGCUCCUUCAGCAACCCCGCGGACAUGCCGUCCAGGGGGGAUGCAGAGGCUGCAGCCCGCCUCUUCGGCGGCAGAGUCGUUAACCUCGGCUCGGAUGGACCCGUCAGGGAUGCGAUCCUCCUUGCUGCAAGAGAUCCCUACGCCAACCUGGCCAACUGGGUGCCUAGCCCAUCCGUCGACAUCAUCCGCACGUCGAUCGCCCCAGCAGUCAAAACAUCAGUUGCCUCCGGAAAGCAACCCAAAGGCAAACGUGUCCCGCCUUUGGUGUCUGAGUACAAGUCCAUCAUCACUGAGCGAACUUAUGGUAUCGCGUGGACCCCAGAAGAAUUCGUCAGACAGGCUCGCGGAGUCGCCUGCCGAUCUUGCCAGGGAACGCACCGCUACGUUGAGGAGGUGGCCGAGUACCCGGACACAACCUUGACCAAGGUUUCCGCUGCCUCGCUCACCGUUGAGGACGUUCGUGCAGCCACUCCCCUUGCCAGGAAAGCCAUCCUGACCUCUGCCAGAGAAGGUUUUGACCGUGAGGUGGCUGAAAGUGUUUACCAGCUUACGAAAGAUGAGCUUGCGAAAGGGUGGCUUAAGGGACCUUUUAAGGAGUCGGACAUCCCCCCGGAUGCCAUAGUCACUAGAAGGUUUGGGAUAGUGCAAUCCUCCACCGAUGCCAAGCUGGGGUCAAUCAAGAAGGUGAGACCAAUAGAUGAUUACACGGAAUCUCUUGCUAAUCUCACGAACAGUGCUAGCGAGACGAUCUGCCCUCACGGGGUGGACGUUGUGGUCGCUGCACUGUGUCUUCGCAUCAGGAUCGUUGCCUGGGAAACGUCCUCCGAGAAAGACAGUGGUUUUGAUGCAGUAGCCAAAGUCUUAGGAGUGCAAAUAUCCUUGGCUGAUUCUAAGAAUGGAUUGAUCUCAGUCCAGAACACCGAGGCCCGCAAACGCGAACUUUGCUCAUCCAUCGAUGAGGUCUUGACCCGAGGCUUUGUUGGCCAAAAUGAGCUUCUCUCUCUACGCGGGCGACUCCUGUUUGCCGAGAGUCAAAUCUUUGGCCGAUCAGCUUCGCUUCACAUGCGCAACCUUUCGCACUUCUGUCAAAAGCACGGCAGACUUGUGGUUGGUGCUAGCUUAAGGGCCUCCUUGACUUUCUUGAGAGACCGUGUGGUUCUUGGCAAACCAAGGUGUGUAGACUCGAGUCUGCGACAAGUGUAUCACGUGUACACUGACGCUUCCUACGACGACCAAGGGGGUGGCCUUGGUGGUUUGGUUUACGACUUUAAAGGUCUGUGCCUUGCCUGGUUUAGCGAAGUAGUCACCUCCAAGGACCUUGAGAUCAUCAACCCUGAUGGUAAACUUACCUUGAUCUACGAGCUAGAAACCCUUGCCGCGGUCUUAGGUGCCACCCUAAUCCCUAACCUACGCCACUGCGACAUUGUGCUCUUCGUUGACAACGAAGCUUCACUGGCGGCUCUCAUCCGAGGACAGUUAGAUUGCCUUUUUGUGGAGUCUCUUCUCUCCCGCCUCUUUCAGGCUGAAGAGGAGCGUGAUCUUGCGAUCUGGUUCGAGCGUGUUCGCAGUGAAAGCAAUCCUGCAGAUGCCCCUUCGCGGGGCGACCACAGUUUUCCCGCCUUUUCCAGGCGGCGCUUCAAUGUGCAAUCCUUGCUGACCGAUCUGUGCGGUUCUCUUCAAGGGGGGGCCUCGCAAGGUACCGAUCUGUCAGCUCCCACUGCGAGUUAA